AUGUGUAUGAUUAAGUCUGAGCCCUGGUUGGUGAGAAGUUUUUGUUUUUAUAGUAUUACUAAGUAAAAAGAGGGUUUCUUAAGUACUACAAUACUUUACAGGCACCUAUCAUGCUAUACUAAAUUAUAUUUGGCCUGACUCUCCUUGAAUCCUCGUAUAAAAAUGUCUCAAACAUCUCGGGCGCAGAGCGCCUUAAUAAUUUCUUCGCUUUUUUGUUUUUUCCGUUUCGUCGAUAAGUUAUCUCGAUUUCAGAAGCAAGAGAAACGAGAACAACACCACAGGUCAUCAGGAACCUCCCGACCCAGUUCUCGAACCUAUCAUCGACUUGUAAAUUGGGCCAGUUCUGGUGGCCGUUUCGCUCAAAAUAUGUCACGGUAUGUUUUGAUUGUUGUUGUUCGUGUGCUUUUCGCUUUUAGAAAUGCUAGACUUAUGGUAAACAAGGUGGGAAAAGGGUUUUGGACGUGGUUCUACAGUGUUUUUGUAAGAUUAUGGUUUGGUUUGAGUCAGACAUAUUGUUUUAGGGGGAUCAAGCUGAAUACUUGAGGUUUUUGACGGGUUUUGGUCACGAUAUGUGAGAUUCGUGAAAGAAAAUCGUUAUGAAAAUGGUGCUUAAAGAUAGAUUACAGUUUUGCGGUUUUAAUGUUGUAUAAAAUUUAUUAAAAACUUUUUAAAAAGCUAUAACAAUAUUAAAAACAUUAUUGUACAUUAAGAAAAAAUCGCUGUUUUUGAUGUAUAAAAUAAUAUUAUAGAAUACUGAAGCAGUCUUUAGACAUUUUAUUUACAAAUAGACUAAAAUAUCAUGUUUUCUGUGAGAGCAUAUCAUACUUGACAGAGGGGAUAGACAAUCCGGCAAUAAACUGGCCAGAUUUUCAGCUCAAGACCUGAUGUUCUUAACCGGGAAUCCGAGUCAAAAUAAAUAUUUUUGACGUUUAUUUUGUUAUAAAACACACGGAUUUUAUUUGUUUUGUUGCGAAGUUGAUGUAAAUAUUUGGAUUUUGUUAUUUUUGAUUUAAAAACUGCACGGUGCAGUAAAGAGUUAGUGGGGGAUUCAAUGUGGUACAAUUUUAUCUUUAGUGGGUCUAAUUGAUUCAAUUUUUGUGUAGAGCUUACAAAUGGCAUUGAAAAUAUGUGUGGAAAAUUUUUGGUUAGAAAGUUUAAUUUUAUUCUCUAAAAUUCAGAACUUACAUUUGCUAGCCAAACCUCAAAACAUUAUAUAGGACUUUACUAGCCAAAACCCAAAACAGUCCGAGAACUUUUGACUUUUUUGCAUAUAGAUUACAUUCACACUUCUAACGUAUAGUUUAUAUCUUUCUUUUUUUCCGCUCUUAUUAACAUCCAUGCCUCUGGCGCUUCGUUCUGACUUUUGGCCGUUCCAAAAAUAGUGGGGCCGCAGGACUUUUUCGGUGUGUUUCAUGUUACCCUUUCUCCUGUUUCGGCGCCUCGAGUUUUGUGGCUGCGAAGAGCGGCUUUUAAUCAGGAAGGAGAAGGGGAGAAAGUGCCACGACUUAUUAAGCGCUUUUGUUUUAAUAUCGGGGGAGGUUUAAUUGCAGUAAUUGAAGCCGAGGUAGGAUGAGUACGGAACUCGUGUUCGCAUUGAGAAGAGAGUACGGCUUGGUGGGAGGGAGGGUUAGUGAAAGGCGAAGGUUUUAACAAGUUAUCUAAUACUGGUUUGCACAUGGUUUUUGUUGUCUGCGAUGGUGUAGUGGGUUUGUUGUGCUUAGGAAGGCGUUUUAAGGUUUUUAGAGUUAAUAAGUAAAACAUGGAGUUGGGAGGAUUAAGUAUGAUUUUCUGGGUUAAAGGGUGUAUUGUGAAAAUGAAAUUUGAAGUUUUAAAUUUUUUUUUGAUUUUGGGUUUUUAUGAAUUUUCGUAUAUUGUAGUAGAUUAGUCUAAAUUUUUUAAAUUUAUAUUCAAUAUUUUUAAAUUAUCACAAUUUUCUUCAAGAUUUUAAAACAUUAUAUGACAAUAUUUUCAGCAACGACAUGGAGUUCACGGACAUAAAUGCCCUGAGGGACGAAUCCACAGCUUUACCUGAUACUCUAAGGCAGUCCAAAACAAAUGGCGAUGGUCCAACAGCAUCAGUCGCUGCUUAUUCUGGCACUCUUAAGCCCGUGGGACGUCUAUCACUCUCAGUAUGUCGCAUCUUAAGAGGACAUAUGGCCAAAAUUUAUGCAAUGCACUGGCUUACGGACUCUAGGUAUCGUUUUAAGUUAUUUUUAAUCGAUUUUUAGUUUCUAUUUUCAAAUUUUGACAAAUAUUUUUAGGAAUAUUGUGUCAGCCUCACAAGACGGCAAACUCAUCGUAUGGGACACUUACACAAUCAACAAAAUUCACGCGAUCCCACUCCGAUCCUCGUGGGUAAUGACAUGCGCUUAUUCACCAUCAGGCAACUUUGUCGCAUGUGGUGGCCUAGAUAAUAUAUGUUCGAUUUAUUCUCUAAAAACUCGCGAAGGAAACGUACGAGUCUCCAGAGAGCUGCCAGGCCACAAAGGUUUCUUGUCGUGCUGUAGGUUCUUGGACGAUGCGCGGAUUUUGACCAGUUCUGGAGACAAAACUUGGUAUGUUAUUAUUUUAUUUUUUAUGUUUUUAGGUAUAAGUAAAAGAAACGGUCUUAAAAUAAGAUGAAGGUGAUAAUAAGGAUCAUUUUUACAAAAUCUGGUGGAGGUCAAAAAGUUUUUAGCCUUUUUAUGGCGUUUUUUUUCGAAAAGCGGCUAAAAAAUGCCCAAAAUUUGCUAAAAAUGCCCAUUUUGGGAUAUAACUUCAAUUUUUUUUAGUAUUCUAUGGGAUAUUGAAGCUGGACAAGCGAUAACCACUUUUACUGGACACACGGGAGAUGUAAUGUCGAUAAGUUUGCAUCAAAAUGAUCCACGAUCCUUCAUUUCCGGUGCUUGUGACGCCAAUGCCAAGCUGUGGGAUUUGCGUGAUGGACAAUGUAAACAGACCUUCACUGGACAUUCACAAGAUAUCAAUGCUAUCGCUGUGAGUUUUACAAUUGCUUAUCAGUGGAUUUUUGGGCUGGGUUAUUUAAAAAUUUGAAAGUUUUGGAAUGUUAGGUAUUAAUGAUGGUAUUGUGAACUUUGAAGGUUGAGUUUUAGUGUUCUUGAGCUUCAAGAAGUAUUUUACGAUACAAAGUAAUAUUAAAAAGGUCCAGUAGAUUGUUAAUAAAGUUAUUAGAAACGUAUGUAUAAGGUUUUACUUAUUUUAUGAUUAAAAUCAGCCAUUAAACCCCAUAAUUUCAGCACUUCCCAUCAGGCACUGCCUUUGCUACUGGUUCAGAUGAUGCUACCUGCAGAUUAUUUGACAUCCGAGCGGACUCAGAAGUUGGAGUAUAUGGAAUCGAAUCGAUUAACUGUGGCAUCACUUCAGUAGCGUUUUCUAAAUCAGGAAGGUUACUAUUCGCAGGAUACGACGACUUCAACUGUAAUGUGUGGGACUCGAUGAGGCAGGAACGAGCUGGUAAGGGGUUUUGAUGGAUUUUAAAGGUGUACGUUAGGUAUUUUUUGAUAAAGACUUAUUUUAUUUGUACAAUAUAGAUUUUGAAGUGAUUUAUAUACAACCAGCUGGUCAAAAAGGCAGCAUAUUGGUUUUAUUUUUCGUAUUAAGAGCAAUAGCGCCUAACCUCUAAUUUUCUGCUCUUAUCUUCAUUUUUAAUCAAAAUAGUAAUAUAAUAGUAUUGAUAGAGUAAAGAAGCAUCAGUAAAGACCAACAAAUUUAUUUUUAUCUUUCACAAAAUUCCAGGUGUCCUAUCCGGUCACGAUAACCGCGUCUCAUGCCUCGGAGUGACGGAAGAUGGUGCUGCUCUUUGUACCGGAAGCUGGGAUUCACUGCUCAAGGUCUGGAACUAA